AUGUUUAAGCAAAAUAAGAAUACCUCAAAUAGUGCAACGGCUUAUGAAUGCAUCAACUAUGUAGCUAGAAGUCCUAAUAAGAUGGCAGAUAUGAAAACUUUAAGAAAUAAUCAAACAAAAAGAGAAAAAAUGAAUUUAUUUCUCAUUUUUACCCAAAUUUUCUUAUUUACCUUUUUUGUUUGGACACUACAAUGUGCUUACAAUGAUCAUAGUAAUGGAAGUGCAGUAAGUUUUGUAACCAAUAGAUCACUGGCAGAAAAUAAUGAAAGGGAAAAAUCUGAACGAAAGAGAGAAGCAAAAAGAACACAAGAUGAAAAUGAAGAAGGAUCCCAAAGUUCACGCAGUUCACAAAAUUUUGAUCUAAACAUUAAGGAUAUUGAACGAAAAUUUAAUGAUUUUAAGAAUGCUGUUAAGGAAAAAGUAGAAAAUGCUGUUAACUGGGAUGGUAUUUCAGAAAAUGUAAAACAGUAUUUAGUAAAAUUAGAUUCAUCUAUGGAAAGCAGAAUAAAAGAAGAAGCUGAACGAGCAAAUACGGAAACCAAUUUAACACAAAAUGCUGAUGUAAGGACUCAGUUAAUAAAUAGUUAUGUACAAAAUUACAGUAUUAUUACACCACCUAUUUUGUUAAUGAUUUUUACCAUUUUAACUUCAGAGAAUUUUAAAAAACAUGUUUCAAAUAUAUUGUUAACUGCUCUUUUUGUAGUAGUAACAUAUAUUUUCUUCAAACUAAAAAAAAUAGAAGAAAAUAAAAAUGAAAAGAAUGAUACUGAUAACACACCAAAAUUCCAACAAUAA